UAAAUACAAAAAGAAGAACUUUUUCGAUGUCAUUUAUUAUUUUGCAUUGAAAAUAAGAAAAUAUAUAUUAUUUUAUUUGAAGUAAUUCACACGUUUGUCGUGUAUUAAAGUCGUUUGUGUAUUAUAACCACUUGAUUUAACAUCAUGGGGUUUUUGCGAUACGUUCUCGGACCCAAAUUAUAUAUGGAAUAUGGCACAAAAAUGCAUGAACCAGGUGGCCUGGAGAAGUUGGGCGAUCAAAUUUUGUCUACGCUUAAUUUGAUGUGGAAUAUUGGAUUCUAUACGUCUCCAUUGUUAGCCACAUUCCUUUAUCGACGGGGUUACUUUGUCAUGGAUUCAAUAACGACUUUGGCAAAAAUAAGUACCAGUAUUGGCAUAAUCGUGGUAAUAUCCAUGGUAAUGAGAGGAUUAGGACGAUCACAAUCUGCAUCCUAUACCAAAAUGAUAAAAGCUAUGGAAAUGCUUAAAUCACCCAAAACUGAAGAAGAAGGCAAGAGAGCACUUAGAAUGUUUGACUUUGAGUUUAAGAGUUGGACCGUCGAUUUCGAUGUGAAAGAUUUGCAAAGCGAUGACAAGAAGAAAUGCCAAGUAGCUGCUAAAAAUUCAACAAGAUCAUUCCGUUUGGCCGCUCUACCAUGUGAAAUAGCAGCCUAUCUGGCUAUACAAACCUUCGGUAUAAAAAUGAUUUAUCCCGGAUCGGUGAAACUGUUGCAGAGUUAUAUGAGGCCUAUGUUAAUAUCCGGAAGAGCCAAAUUGAUUGAAGAAGAGCAUGGUAUACGCAAUAAAGUCCUCACCUCUGAUUCCAAUGAGAUUGAUACCAUUUUUGUUGAUAAUCGCUCUAAAGGCUCUAAUGGCAAAACUUUGGUCAUUUGUUCAGAGGGAAAUGCUGGCUUUUACGAAAUAGGCAUUGUUGGUACACCAUUAGCUUUAAACUACUCAGUAUUAGGUUGGAACCAUCCAGGUUUUGAGGGCAGCACGGGCACUCCCUUUCCAGAUCAAGAUAAAAAUGCCAUAGAGGCUGUGGUUCAAUUUGCCAUAUAUAAGUUAGGUUUUGCCGUUGAAGAUAUUAUUUUGUAUGGCUGGAGUAUUGGAGGAUACUCAACUCUAUGGGCGGCCUCCUGCUUUCCAGAUGUUAAAGGAGUCGUUUUAGAUGCCACCUUUGAUGACAUAUUAUAUUUGGCACAGCCUCGUAUGCCAGCAAGUUUGGGUGGCGUUGUGCGUAUUGCAAUUCGUGAGUACUGCAACUUGAAUAAUACAGAACUUGCCCACAACUACAAUGGACCCAUAAGUUUAAUUCGGCGAACCGAAGACGAAGUUAUUGCAGAAGAUAAUCAGCUUGACACAAAUCGAGGAAACUUUUUGGCAUUAGGCAUAUUAAAAUAUCGUUAUCCUUAUAUUUUCCAAUCGCCCCAAUUGAAUCGUUGCAAGCAAACUCUUGCCAAACCACUGGAAGUUAGAAACUCUACAGCAGCCGAUGAUGAUCUUUGUUUAUCACGUUUGAUAACUUACGCUUCAGAUCAGGGUAAAAAGUACCCCAUGGCAAUCGGAGAAGAUUAUGCAGAUGAUGUGCGACAUCAAAUGGCGGACUUUUUGCUGCGCAAACAUUUCCGAGAUUUUAAGUCAUCACAUUGUACACAAUUACCUAUAGAAUACUUUAACAUUCCAUUUGAUAUACCUGUGGAACAUGGUUUUGUAUUUACCUAAUUUAUUGAAAACUCCGAAAGACGCUAUGCCCUUAGUAGUAAUUAAUUAAGAUUUUCUUUUUCAUUGUAAUGCAAUUUAAAUAUUCACAACAACCAUUCAUGUGUAACUUUGAUACUCUUUGACUCUUGACAUUUACUAUCCAAAUAAUCGAUUAUAAAUAAUAACAUCAAUUACACACGGAAGCUGUGGUAAAUGUAUGUAUAUUAAGAAAAUCUUAAGGUGUCCUGUAGCAGAUAUAUUUUCAUCUAUUUAUGUAUGUACUUGGAGGAGGAAUUGUUAAUAAACACAAAUAAAAAGAUAUUUUAAAAAAUA